GCGGUUCGAGCCGUUUGAUUGGAUACAAUCGGCCCUGUCUUUCAUUUCGACCCGCGAAAAUCUUGUUCAGCCGAGAUGGACGAAGAAGGCAACUCGUACGCUUCAAUAGAACCCACCAGCUUUGAUCUCAUCAUCGUCGGCACUGGACUUCCCGAAUCAGUCCUCGCCGCAGCCGCCGCCACAAACGGAAGAACCGUCCUCCACCUCGAUCCCAACCCUUAUUACGGCAGCCACUUCACAUCUCUCCCUCUAGAUGAACUCACCUCCUUCCUCCGAUCGCAAUCCAUCCAUCACUCCAUUCCGACCUCUUCCUCCACCGACGGCGACUAUCUCUCCGUCGACCUCGCGAUCCGGCCACUAUACUCUGAUGUGGAGAUCUCUUCUCAUUCAGUCGAAGCGGUUGAACACUCGAGGAAGUUCAAUCUCGAUGUGUCUGGACCUAAGGUUUUGUUCUGCGCAGAUUCAGCCGUCAAUCUAUUGCUGAAGUCCGGUAUCAGCCAGUACGUUGAAUUCAAGAGCAUUGGUUCGAGUUUUAUUUCUGAUGGUAGCGGGAAACUGUUCAAUGUUCCUGAUUCUAGGUCGGCAAUUUUUAAAGAUACGAGCUUGGGUUUAACUGAGAAGACUCGACUGGGGAAGUUCUUCAAGCUUGUUGAGGAACAUCUGAAAGCAGUUCGUUCUGACGGUGUAGAGACCAAUGAAUCGACUAGAAUUUCUCCGGAGGAUUUGGAGAGCCCAUUCGUUGAGUUUAUGAACAAAAUGCGUUUGCCGCCGAAGAUUAAAUCGAUUAUCCUAUAUGCAAUAGCCAUGACUGACUAUGAUCAAGACAACGUGGAGACAUGCGAGGAUGUCCUCAAGACAAAAGAUGGAAUAGAACGUUUAUCUCUUUACCAUUCAUCAGUUGGCAGGUUUUCUAAUGCACUUGGGGCUUUGAUUUACCCUAUGUAUGCACAAGGGGAACUUUCACAAGCUUUUUGUCGUCGUGCUGCUGUCAAAGGUUGUCUCUAUGUUCUCAGGACACCAGUGAGUGCUUUACUCAUAGAUAAGGAGACAGGGAGUUACAAAGGUGUUAAAGUCGCCACUGGGCAAGAGCUAUUCAGCCAGAAUUUGAUCCUUGGUCCAUUAUAUAGGGUUUCAUCAUCACCAUAUACUAGUUUCCCAGAGAAUCUUCAACAAGUCCUAAAAAAACUUGACUUGAGGGAUACUGGGAAGAAGAAGAAAGUGGCAAGAGCAAUAUUCAUCACAAAGAGUUCCUUAAAACCUGAUGUUUCAACCUUCCUAGUAGUCUAUCCUCCCAAAACACUGUAUCCCGAACAGUCGACUUCAAUCCGGCUUCUUCAAAUAGAUAGCAGCUUAGCUGUUUGUCCACCUGGCAUGUUCGUGUCGUAUAUAUCAGCUCUGUGUGACGAUGGUGUUGAAGGAAAAAUAUUGCUAAAUGCAGCCAUGAAUACUGUCAUCUCGAGUCCUAAUUCUGUAAACCCUGAAACAGAUUCUACAGAUGAAAGUGAAAAAGCUAAAGGUCUCCCCAGUUCAAUCUGGAGUGCUCUCUAUAUACAAGAAAUGACAAUGGGUUCAUUUGAAUUCAUAUGUUCCACUCCUGGUCCGGAUGGUAAACUGAACUACAACGAUCUUUUAGGGGAAACCGAAGAGCUGUUCCGCAAGAUGUUCCCAAAUGAAGAAUUCUUUCCAGAAACAACUGACACUCAAUCGGAAACAAAUGAUGAUGAUAAUGAUGAUGAUCAAACUGCUAGUGAGGAAUUGGUUGACAAUGGAACAACAUCAAGUGAUGUUAAGUCAUAGUUUAUAAGAUUGGUUGGUUAGUUGGUUGGGUCUUAAUAGUAGAGUUAAUCCAACAUAUGUAUAAUCAAAACAUAAGAAACAGUACUUCAUUCUUUUUGCAACUUUUGUCUCUUAAGUUUAUUAUUGUUCAUGUUUCUUGGAUUUAAUGGGAUUAAAAGCUAUUGUUUGAUC